CAAAACCAAAAGAAAAAAAGACUGCAUUUUUCCUUUUCAAUCUUUCUCAGGCCUCUUCUCCAAGUCAUUGGUGAAGAGGAUCAUCCAUUUUGUUUGGAAACAGGGAUUCAUGAGCCUUGACUUCAUUUUCAGAAUUCUGGGAAGCCUUUUGUACUGUUGGGGCAAAGUGGCUCAGGACAAAAAAACAAAAAAAAAAAAGAAAGAUAUCAUGUUUCUGAAGUAAGCUGAUGGAGUACAGUGAUGGUUUUGUAUCAAAUGAGCAUCGGGAGCUUCACCAGUCUGUUUCAGAGAGUGCAGAUCCAUUGUCUGUUUCUCCAUUGCAGAUCUCCAUUUCUCCAAGGUCUCCAAAAUCUCCAAAGUCCCCAGGUUCUCCAAGGUCCCCAAGUUCUCCCAGAUGCAGACAAGGCACAAGCAAGGGGGGGAGCCCCCUCAAGGAUGAUAAGCACUCUCAUUCUCCCAAAGAUGGGCGCCCUAAGAAAGGUGGUUCUGGGGGAAAAGGAACAUGGGGAGGUUUGCUUGAAACUGAGGAAGGUCAUGCUCUGGACCUGAAUGAUCCAAACUAUGAUAGUACUGAGGAAUGCGACCAUACAAAUGUGAGAAAAUCAGCUGAGGAGUUUGCUGAGUACAAGAAGAAGGCUGCUGUGAUUGUGGAGGAAUACUUCGCUACUGACGAUGUUGUCUCAACUGCCAGUGAGUUGAGAGAAAUCAGCUUGCCACGCUACAAUUUUUAUUUUGUUAAGAAGCUUGUCUCAAUGGCUAUGGAUAGACAUGACAAAGAGAAGGAAAUGGCUGCUGUUCUAUUGUCUGCACUCUAUGCAGAUGUCAUUGAUCCCUCCCAAGUAUACAAAGGCUUUGGUAAAUUAGUGGAAUCCUCAGAUGACUUGAUUGUAGAUAUACCAGACACAAUUGAUGUGCUUGCUCUGUUUGUGGCUCGCGCUGUGGUUGAUGACAUUCUUCCUCCUGCAUUUUUGACAAAACAUUUAGCUUCCCUGCCCAAGGACUCAAAGGGUGUUCAAGUCUUGAGAAGAGCUGAGAAGGGCUAUUUGGCAGCUCCCCUCCAUGCAGAGAUCAUUGAGCGGCGAUGGGGAGGUAGCAAGAAUACGACAGUUGAGGAUGUGAAGGCUCGGAUAAACAAUCUACUGGUGGAGUAUAGAGUGAGUGGAGAUGUAAAAGAGGCCUGCAGAUGCAUUAAGGAUUUGAAAGUCCCUUUCUUCCACCAUGAGAUAAUUAAGCGGGCUCUUAUAAUGGCAAUGGAGAGGCGGCAUGCUGAAGACCGCCUACUUGACUUGUUGAAGGCAGCUGCUGAAGAAGGUUUGAUCAAUUCUAGUCAAAUAUCAAAAGGGUUUGGUCGGAUGAUUGACAGUGUUGAUGACUUAUCACUUGACAUACCAAGUGCAAAGAGUAUAUUGAAGUCACUAAUCUCCAAGGCAGCAUCAGAGGGCUGGUUGUCUGCCUCAUCUUUGAAGUCCCUGUCAUUAGAGCCAGAGAAGCGAUCACUAGAAGAUAAUGUUGCCAGAACUUUCAAGCUCAAGGCCCAAUCUAUUAUCCAAGAAUAUUUCUUCUCAGGCGAUAUUUCAGAAGUAAGCAGUUGUCUAGAAUCAGAAAACAGUCCUUCAUCAGCUGAACUAAAUGCUAUAUUUGUUAAAAGACUGAUAACACUAGCCAUGGACCGAAAAAAUAGGGAGAAGGAAAUGGCUUCUAUUCUGUUGUCAUCCCUGUGUUUUCCAGCAGAUGAUGUUGUAAACGGGUUUGUAAUGUUGAUAGAAUCUGCAGACGACACUGCUCUAGAUAUCCCAGUAGUUGUUGAGGACCUUGCAAUGUUCUUAGCUAGAGCAGUUGUGGAUGAAGUCCUCGCUCCACAACACUUGGAAGAGAUUGGGAGCCAGUGCCUGAGCCCAGAUUCCAUAGGCAGCAAAGUGCUUCAAAUGGCCAAGUCACUACUAAAGGCUCGUCUUUCAGGCGAGCGAAUCCUAAGGUGUUGGGGCGGUGGGGGAAGCGGCAGCACUGCACGUGCAGUUGAGGAUGUAAAGGACAAGAUUGGAAAGCUGCUAGAGGAGUAUGAAUCCGGCGGGGACUUCAGGGAAGCUUGUCGUUGCAUAAAGGAGUUGGGCAUGCCAUUUUUCCACCAUGAGGUUGUCAAAAAGGCACUGGUGACAGUGAUAGAGAAGAAGAAUGAAAGACUAUGGCGCCUGCUGAGGGAGUGCUUUGGCUCAGGACUCAUCACCAUGUACCAAAUGAUGAAGGGCUUCUCAAGGGUGGGGGAAGCUCUGGACGACCUGGCCUUGGAUGUGCCUGAUGCCAAGAAGCAGUUCACAUAUUAUGUGGAGCAAGCCAAGAUUGCAGGGUGGUUGGAUGCAUCAUUCUCCAUCAGCAAACCAGAACACGCGGCAGAAAAUGGCUCCUGUUUAUGAUACUGAGAGGGAGGCUAUUUUGAUCACUGCAAUCCUUUCCUCUACAUGUGUUCCAUUCUGCUCUUGCUGCCAUCCUUUGUUCUUCACGUCUUCCAUUCUGCUCUUGUUGCUGCAAUAUCAUCCGGGCAGCAACAACAACAAUUAAUACAACUGUUUGUUUUUUUGUUUUUUUUUUUUAGGUAGUUUUCUUUUUGAGUAUGUUGUGAUUAUUGUGACAAAAAAAUUUUUUAACUGUCUCUUAAUCUAUUACCCUGAUAUGAAAUUUUUAACAGUUAA